AGAUGCGUCGGGGGUUGUUAGCGCGUAGGUCAGGAAGGGAUGGCGGGGACACCCCGCCUUCCUCUACUCGUCGCGUCCUAUUUGCUAAGGUGGGGUACCUGCUCCUUAACAAUUCUGUGUGGCAAAGCUGGAAUAGGGAAGAGACCCAUCUAUUAGGUGGCCUCGCCGGGGAGAGUCAAGCGGUAUUCCUGCCAGAGGUUGGAGUAGUGGACGUGAAUCCCUACCGAAGAGUUGGAGAAAUGAACGCCUUCAAGGAGCCAGGCCCCUGCCUUCAACCCACAGUCUCCUAUCCGUUGGUUUCUCCCAGCCCCAUCUGGUUUCCAUUUCACUCCCUCCCACGCUCCCUCCUACUCCCGUUGAGAACAAGGAAUUUCCAGCUUUGAGAAAAGGGAAAGAGACGCAGAGACAAAAGGAGACUGAGACCAUGAGAAACUACAGAAAAGCAUAAAGAUAAGAGACAUUGUCAUUUGGGGAUGACAAAAGGGAGUGUGACCUAUACAAAAAUCUUUCUUCUCUCUUUUCUCCAUGGGUCCCAUUCUCCUUAGUGUCUCGUUUUCUCAUUCCGGACCACUUCCCCACCUGACUCAACUGCCCUGCCCCCAGGCCCCCUCAGGGUUCUCAGAGACACAUAGAGGAGAGCAACGUGUCCCAUUUAAUCAAGGAUUAAUCCUUCCUUUAUUUUAUCGUCCAGACUGGCCUUUUCCAGGAAGCUUUUCUGCAGUUUAGGCAAAGGGAAACAGUAUCCUCAGUCCCAGUUUUCCAAGAAAAGGGAAAAGGUUGGGAAGAAACGGGGAAAGGUGGGUGGAAGGAGAGUAAGGAAACAGAAAACCAGAAAGAUUUUCUUUCUUUGCCACGUGUAGAUUUUCAUCUAGCAGAUUGCAGUGCUCACAGUCCUCCCCCCACAUCUUCUCCAGGCCAAUUCCCACUCAGUUAGCAAGGUCUGGCUCAAAAGUCACCUUCCCCAACUCUGCUUCCUGGAUCCCCUCCACUCUUUCAGGCAGAAGUAAUUCCUCCCACCUCCAUGGCUUCUGGGCUCUUUGUACACUUUCAGCUCUAGUUGCUUGUUUCACCCUCAGCCUAAGACCACUCCAGGAUGGGCCUGGUAUCCGAUGGGUCCUCUGAAAUGAAUGGAAGAUGCUGUUUGCAGGCCUGAGGAGCUCUGAAAAGAGGCGUCCAGGUAGAUUUCACUCCAAAUGGGGUUGAACCUGGACAAAGCUGUUAAGCAAAGAAGUUUGUUUUCCACGUCUGUCCCCCUCUUGAAGCUUCCGCUGGAGUUGAUGUCCAUGUGGUCAUGCUUCAGGAAUCCCAAGUUUAUUAUGGGAGUAACAGCCAACAGCUUUGUUAUAAAAAUGUGCUUGUCCCUAAGUGGCAUGACAUAUGGACACGGAUACAGAUCCGGAUACAUAGUUCCAAAUUGGUACGAGUCACCCAGGUGGACAAUGAAGAAAAAUUGAAGGAGCUAGAGCAGUUUAGUAUCUGGAACUUUUUUUCCUCCUUUUUAAAGGAGAAACUGAAUGACACCUAUGUUAAUGUGGGUCUCUACAGCACAAAAACCUGCCUCAAAGUUGAGAUUACAGAGGACGACACCAAGUACACUGUCUUUGUGUCCCGGAGGUUUGAUCCCAAACUCUUCUUCAUUUUCCUCUUUGGAAUUGUGCUAUUUUUUUGUGGAGACUUGCUGAGCAGAAGUCAAAUUUUCUACUAUUCCACUGGGAUGAGUGUGGGAAUUGUAGCCUCUCUACUAAUCAUCAUUUUCAUACUAUCCAAGUUUAUGCCCAAGAAAAGUCCCAUUUACGUCGUCCUGAUGGGAGGCUGGUCCUUUUCUUUGUACCUCAUUCAACUAGUUUUUAAAAAUUUACAAGAAAUCUGGAGGUAUUACUGGCAGUAUCUUUUAAGCUACGUCCUCACAGUUGGAUUCAUGAGUUUUGCAGUGUGUUACAAGUAUGGGCCCUUGGAGAAUGAACGAAGUAUCAACCUGUUGACCUGGACAUUGCAGUUAAUGGGUUUAUGUUUCAUGUAUUCUGGCAUCCAGAUACCACACAUAGCCCUUGCCAUUAUCGUCAUUGCACUGUGCACUAAGAACCUGGACUACCCUAUUCAUUGGCUGUACAUCACCUACAGAAAAAUGUGUAAAGCAACAGAAAAGCCUGUCCCCCCUCGUCUCCUGACAGAAGAAGAGUAUCGGAUUCAAGGAGAGGUGGAGACCCGAAAGGCUUUAGAGGAGCUUCGAGAAUUUUGUUGCAGUCCAAACUGCUCUGCUUGGAAGACUGUUUCUCGAAUCCAGUCUCCAAAAAGAUUUGCUGACUUCGUGGAAGGCUCCUACCACCUGACCCCUAAUGAGGUUUCUGUCCAUGAGCAGGAGUAUGGGUUAGGGAGCAUUACUGCCCAGGAUGAACUCUUUGAGAACACAUCCUCUGAGGAGGAGGACUCGGAUUCUCGGUGCCUCACUGUCAGACAGAACAACUUCCUGGCUUAGGUGGUGCUCAGUUGUUUUUUUGUGGACUGGUUUUGUACCUUGGUGGUCCGUGUUACAAGUGUUGUGCAGUUGCUUCUGAACAUUUUGAAGCAGGGUGAGAGUGCAGAAAUUCUCCCACUGAAAUUAAAGACCUGAGUAAGGGCUCCCUCUGAAACUGGUCUAGAUGGUCUCUGUGGAAUCCCUGGAGAAAGGGGGAGGAGAGUAAAGUAAUGAAUGCUGUGGGCAGUUUGCUUCCCAUAGGUUAAACUAUUAGCCCACCUGUAUAUUCCCAAGGAGAGUGGGUGGUCACACUAGUAUGGCAUUCUAGCUCCUCUUUGAAAGUUGAUUCAAUCGUGGCAUUUCUGCCUGGGUUUUCCCAGGUAGUGGUGUCUUUCCACUGUGGCUGGCCUUCAGGAGUGAGAACUGUUUAAAGUGCUAUAAGGUUUUCAGACUAAAGGCUGCAUCUUCCAUGGAGAAGUCCACAAAUCUGAGCCUCCUUCACUUCAGCUUUUAUUUUAUUGACUUGAGAAACAUUAUUGAUUUAACUGUUUUGAGAAUAUGGAUUUUUAUUUGUCUGUCUUAUUUUUAAAACAAAUGUAUUUGUAAAGAUGUAACAAACUCAUGUUGCAGAACAAGCCAGUGCUCCACAGUGACAAAGUCCGUAGGCCCCUGCAUAUUUAUUAAUACGGACUGUCCAUUAAAGCUCCGGGAGGUGUUGUGGUUGGUUGAGCUUUGCAUCAGUUCUCAUACAUUGGUAUUCUGAGUCCCAGCCUUUAGGAACAUGCCUGUAGGCUCUGCUGUCCGCAAGAUCUUUGUGGCUUUUUAUUCUCUUCAACUUCCAUUUCCUUCUUAAAAACACAUUUGUACUCUUCCCAUUCCUCCUUAGCUGCCUCUCCUCCCUGUUUCCUUUACCCUUUCAGGAAGUGUCUGUUAAACUCGCCUGUGAAGUGUGUACUAGUCAGUGUUUGCUUCCUUUCUUAUACCCACCUCCCCUUGGUUUAUAGCAUUAUUCCUGCCUGCUAGGAGAAGUGAUAGUAUUUUGGGGAUUUAAAUGCAUUGUACAGGUUCUCCAUUUUUCCUGCCAGUGGAUCACAUCUCUGAGAAGCUGUGGAAUCAAGAAACUAUCUCCUUUUCCUUUCCCUUCCUUUGUCUACUGAUUCUACCCUUUCCUUUCAGCCUUUCUGUACCACCUGAGCAACCAGACCCACUCCUCACCCCCAAUUCUGACUAAUCUAUAAACUCUGAAACUAUCUACAAAGUUACUUGGUACACAAUUGUAGCUAUGUAGUUGCCACAAUUUGCAUUGCUAGGAAAUAGACCUCCAGAUAGUCUUUCUGCCUCUGGAUGCUCAUUCAGCUCUCAGGAUCAGGCGUUUUUCCAGGAUCUUAUACUUAUUUGCAAUUCCAUUUCUGACCAGAGAUUCAUGCUACCUUUCAUUACAGUGGUAUUAGUUUGAGAUUCCUUGACUACUGGAAAGUACCCUAAGUGGUAUUGCAAAUUCCUAAAUGGUAUUGCUGGUUUAUCAGGAUACUUGAUAAACAAGUACAGAUUUGCUGGAUUCUGUCUUUGUGAUCUUCACCCUCGUACCUUGAAAAAAGCUGUAAUUAAUUUAGAAGGAGAUAGAUGCUCACAACAAGAGCACAGCAUCAGGUUUGCUGGUUUAUCAUGGUCAUGGACAAGACAGAUGAUUUUCUAAAAGCUGUAGUGACUCCUUCAGACCAGCCAUUUAACAGAUAAUUUGAAAUGCCAUGGGCUCCUUUGCCAACUUCCAAAAUGUCAGCACUGAGAUUCUCCUUCAGGUGGCCAGUUGAUUAUUUUCACCAGUGUUUCCCACAGCUUUAAACCACCAUAAGGUGACAACUACCUCAGUUGGCAGCAAAUAGACACACAGUAGUAACUCAAAAAUGAGCAGUAUUUGGGCAGGUGCUAGGGCUUAAAGUUUUAGGGUAAAAGAGCUUUUCUUUGGGGGGGGGCUUGAUGCCUUCAUGAAUUGUAUAUGUGGUCAGCUUUUAUUCCUCUAUAAAGAACUGCUGAAACCUCUGAAUUAUACUUACACUGAGUUUUGCCUUAUUUACAGAAAUCAAGACCUAGCAUAUUUGAGCAUAAGUUGCUUUGAAAAAAUAGUUCAGCUGUACAAGUGGUUUCAGGAUUCCCUGGGAACUUUGGUGACUUCCUCAAAAUAGCUACUUAGGGAAGUUGUAACUUACCUCCAGUAUUUUUCAGUGAGAAAGGAUUGUGACACAGGGAAAGUUUCUCCUCCUUUUCUGUUUAUUGAUUGCUUUAUGAAGUAGUUUCCAUCUCAAGACCACUUAAAUGUCUUCGCUAUUUAAAUUUGGGAUGAGUAAAAUCAAACUUAUUCUGUUAUUCCCUGUCUGGUAGUUGGAGCACUGAGCAGUAGGCAGUGGAGAUGACAGUCAGCCCCUCAGAAUGAAAGUUGCUCUCAGACAGUGAAGGAUGAUGUCUCUUUCGUGUGCUUUGUGUCCUUUCCCUGCUUGCCUGCCUGAGUGGCUCUGCCCCUGAUACUUCAGAGCCUCUGAGUGCUCAGAGAUUGCACAACUCCUAAACCUUUAGUCGCUGCUCUUGUCUCCCUCUUGGCACUUAGUCUGCUGGCUCAGUUACUACUUGAAACCCCCACUUAAUUUCCUCUGGCAGUUACAGCUCUUGCAGUUUCAGUACAGUCUCAUCUCCUUCCAGACCAGUCUCAUCAAGGAGGAUUGAAGGGAUAACUAUGGAGGGAGUUGGACAUUGGAGCCGUGUCUGCUGCCACGUCAGCAUCUUGCUCUGCAAAUAUCAAGCUAUAAAUUGGCCCUGUGGCUCAGGGUCGCAUCGGCAUUGGAAAUCUAUUGCCUCUAAUUGGUCUGACCAAACGGUGUAGCACAUGACUCCCUUUAAUAGGAAUGUAAGAGGCUACUGGCCAAAAAUGUUUCCCCUUCGCGUUCCUACACAGAUGCUUUCAUGAGACCAAGCAAUCACAAUAACCAUAAACAAGGAAAAUUUAACAACUUCAAUAUUUUUUUAAUGAGAUAUUCCUAUCAGCCAAUGCAUUCCACCAGAACUAGUUUACUUCUCCCCCCAAACUCAUGACUUACGUCUGUUACAAAGGGUAUUUUGCUUAUGAUAGCUCUUUGGGUCCCAGUGUUCCAUUUUGUGCUAAUACAGCGCCUUCUUGGGCCCUACCCUCUCUGCAUUGAUGGUGUUUUUUUCACCCCAGUCCCUAGUUGGCAUAUAUUGUAGAGGUUGAUGGAAGAAAGGACCCAAAUAGGAACCCCCAUCCCAGCUCUGAUUCCCAUAAAAGGCUUGAGAAUGGAUUACAUAAUUGCCCUCAGUCUUUUUGUUGUUGCAGAAAAAAGCUGGUCUCAGGUGGAUGGAUGCUCGUGUAAAAAUGGUUCCUAGCUGUGUCGUCAUAACUUUUCUCUGAAUUGAGUAGUGAAAGUUGAAGUAGGAGGAAAGGAAAUGAAAUGUCCUUCUAGUAUCCCUUUGGACUCAGGCCUGACAUAUGAGAUAAUAACUCUAUGUUGAAGUGCCAAGAAUUUUAUCUGAACCAAUGAGAGGAGAGUUUGACAGAUUUAUUGUGCCUACCUUUUCUAUAGGUCCUGAAAUCAAGUAUUAAACGUAUAAAAUACCCAUUGCACAAGGCAAAAGCACUAAACCUUUUGUUUCUUUUUCAAUGUAGCAGAAAUUGAUUAUUUUUUUUAGGGGAGCCUAUGUAAUUGUGGUGAACCAAUGAUGUCUUUUGGUGAUGUGGUUUAUGAAUUUAGAGUACUGUUGAGUUGAAUUCUAGAUGGUCAUUACCUUGCAAAGGAGUGUGUGGUGCCUUAGGUGAUGACAGCUAGAGCUUUCUGGGAAUAAACAAAGUAGACUCAGACCUACAUCACCUUGCAGCUUUACUGAGGACAGGGAUAGUUUUACAGCCUCCCAAAAUGUAGAUUCCCAUAUCCCCAGACCAUGUGUUUUAUCUUCCUUUUCACACUCUUGAUGAUUACUCACAGUGGUGAAAUUACAUUCUCUGAACUUUUCUGUAACAUGAACAACAUUCUUAUCUUAAUAGAUAGCCCAGAAUGUAAGUAUUAGAACUGUUAGAGCCUUCAAUUGCCUCAGUUUUCCGUGUUUCUGAAAUUAAUGGUGAAAUAGCAGUGGUAAGGAGUUACUGGAUAAAGUUUAGCCUGUGGGUAAUGCCUUAAUGUUAUUUAAAAAAAAAAAAAAAAGAUUUGUAUCAUUUAUAUUUAAAAUAAAUGUCCAUGAAUGUUUGAAAGGAACAAAAUUAUCAGGGAUGGCUCUUUGCCAUGGGUCUCAUUUUCAUCCUCUUUUCUGUAGGAAAAAAAGAUAACGAUGUCUCAUAUAUUUUUUCAUUUUUAUUGUAUAGUUUGUAAGUAAUCCCAAUUUUAAUAAACUUUUAUAGACUA